AUGAGAUUACGAACCCGACAAGCGAACCUCCUCCUUCUCCUCGCGCCCGUUCUUGCAACGGCUCUCGCCUCCGAAGCCGCCACCCGUGAUGAGGUGAGCGCCGUCAACCCUCGAGCCGACGCCAAUGUCGCCCCCAAAGAUGGCAACGACGGCAAACCGCAUAAUGGCCCCUGGGUCGAGACGGACGGCAAGAUUGACGAAGACUUACCGGCCUUGGCCGGCCGCCCCGAUGAUCCGACUAUCAUCGACGGCAAGAAGAUUCCUGAAUCCAACGACGGUGUGAUGGACGAUCCGAACCGGCUACCUCCCAAGGAGGGUACGCGGGGAACUGAAGGCGGAGUAUCAGAGAAGGGCAAGACGAGGAAUGACCAGGAAGGAAAGGUCCCCGAGACUCCAAAAGAGGCUCCCGCGCACCACGUUGUCGAGGAACCAGUUGCGACCGUUGAUGAUACCAAGAAAGAUGAUCGUCCCAAAUCUAGCGAGGAAGCUUCCGGCCUCGAGAAGCCCGAGGAUCUCCCCGAGCGAAUCGUCGACCACCCGAUCCCCGUCCCAGACUCCGUUCAACGGGGCCACAUGGAUGUCUCCCACGGUGACGCCUCAACUGACUCCACCUUUGUCGAAGGAGUCAUUCAACCAUUCCACACAUUCCUUCUCUCGUUGGCUAUGAUUCUAGUUUCCGAAGUGGGAGACAAGACUUUCCUGGUUGCAGCUCUCAUGGCCAUGAAGCAUGACCGCAUGGUUGUUUUCUCCGCCGCCUUCAGCGCGUUACUAGUCAUGACCGUCCUGUCUGCGAUUCUCGGCCAAGCCGUGCCGACGCUACUCUCCCACCAGGUCACCAGUUUCUUAGCUUCAGUUCUCUUCUUUGUCUUCGGCGCGAAGUUGCUGCGGGAAGGCAUGGCCAUGUCUCCAGAUGAAGGCGUUGCGGAAGAAAUGCACGAAGUUGAGCAAGAGCUUGCCGAGAAAGAGAAGGAUAUUUAUGCUCUUGAGAUGGGUAUUGGCGGUAACAGGAAAUCUCGCCCCAAGGGCCGGUUCCCUGCCCCUCCCAGGUCUCCAUCCACAUCUCCCACUCGUAGCCCCUCCCCUCAAGGGCGAACCUUCAAGAACUUUGUCCAAGGUCUUGAAAACCUCCUCUCUCUUCUCCUUAGUCCCGCCUGGGUACAGACCUUCGUCAUGACUUUCCUCGGCGAGUGGGGAGACCGCAGCCAGAUUGCGACGAUUGCCAUGGCGGCCGGUCCCGAUUAUUGGUCCGUCACCCUUGGGGCGAUGGCUGGGCACUGCGUAUGCACCGGUGUCGCCGUUCUGGGUGGUCGCGCCAUUGCUGGCAAGGUCAGCAUGAGAGUUGUUACUCUCGGAGGUGCCAUCGCCUUUAUCAUUUUCGGUUUCAUCUACCUGUACGAAUCUAUCUAUUAG